UACAGUGAACAGCCGAACUUUCCACCCAACGCGACAGAAAAACUGAGAAUGCGUUUGGCCAUCCUCGUCUUAGCAGUUGCAGUCUCAGCGUUCGCCAAAACAAUCAGCGUCGCAGAUGUGAAGAAUUGGGAACUGAUCACCGACACUUCCGAAAACGACACUGACGUCUCCGACGGCUCUCUCUUCGGGAAUGACAAUGACACUUCAGUCUUGGAGCAGGUUCAAGAGGUGAUUGAGAACAGCGGCGACCAUGUCGUUGAAUUCUUGACCAUUGGUUUCGUAUGCACUGAAAAGUGCGUCAGCGAAUUUCUCAACUUCUUGCCGUGCUUGAACAAGUGCGCCGAUGAAGAAUGGAACAAGCGCCACCCCAAUAAUGAGACGAUUGUGGCGACCACGGUGGCCCCAAAUGUCACGACCACAAUCGCUCCGACCAAUGCGACCAAAUCGUCUUCUAGGAACCUCGCCACGAGCGAGACCCCUGAGAAAGAUGCUGAGGUCGUGACGGAAGAUUGGUUGGCACAAACCAAAGCCGAGUGCACCAAGGCCUGCAAAGGCACCAAACGCGCCGGUCUUUGCAUCUCCAAAUGCGUGGAUGAUAGAAAGUACCUCCUGCGACCUGAAAUCAGCGAACACGUGAGGUCGGUUCUCGCCGAAUGCAAGACAAAGGUCGGCGACAUGAACGAAUUCAUCAACUGCGCCACCGACCUGUUCUUUGCAGCCCACCGCGAGUUCAAGCCGGCUGGUUUGGACAAAAUUAACCUGCCGCCCAUUAAUGACAAAUUGAUCGAAGACCUGAACACCACCAUCCACCUCUGCAGAGAACGCUGCGGAGAGACCGACGUGGUGGUUUUCAUCUUCAGCUCUUGCGCCAAGACUUGCGUUCACGACGAGUUCAUCAAACUGCAUCCCGAGUUUGCUUCUAUUAAGGUCCCUGCGGACCGUAAUCCCUUUCCUCACUUCCAAGAUGAUGAUGAUGUCUUGGACUCUAGCCUAACUUUUGAAGAAAGGCACGAAAAGAAGACGGAAGGAGAAAAUCAAGUCAAAGUAACGGUUGAUUCUCUGCCCAAAACCAAGGGUCUCGUCAUGACCAGUUGCGAAGAGCAAUGCGUCACAAGCGCAAAUCAGGAAAGUUGCCUUUUGCUUUGCCAAGCCGAGCUGAUUCUUGCAAACUUGCGUCGGAUGUCUGGAAAACCAUCUGAGAUAGACACGCGUCAGCACAUCACCUCCAAGUUCCAGUUUGGAGGAGUGUUCACAGAAAUGGCUGAGGAAAUCACGAGUAUUCUGGACGGCGUAGUUUUCAGGCAGCAGGAAAUGAUGCAGAUGCUCAUCGGUUGCAAAUGCGCAGGUUCCACCACCAACGUGACCAUUGAAGAAGAAGAAUCUGAGGAUGAGGACGACGAUGAGGCUCUUGUCGUUGAAGAUCCUACUGUCACUGAGAGUGAGGUUGACGCUUUUGAUAUCGAAACCGUUAACAAGUUACCUGGCGAGACUGUCGCAAAUGCUCCAACUGACACCGUCACUCUGGCUCCAGUCCAAAUUGUAACAACUCCUGUAGUUGUCGUUGACCCUGUCACUGAAGCUGUUGUUGCUGUUCAACCUGUCACUCAAGCUGUUGUAGUUGAACCUGUCACUCAAGCUGUUGUAGUUGUUGAACCUGUCACUCAAGCUGUUGUAGUUGACCCUGUCACUGAAGCUAUUGUUGUCGACCCUGUCACUGAAGCUCCUGCUCAAAGCGUCACGGAGACUCUUGUUGCUGAAACCGUUACUGAGGCUCAUCCUGCUGAGACUGUAACCACGGCUCCUGCUGAGGUUGUCCCUGAGGUUCCAGAAGAAGUCGUCACUGAAGCUGUUGUUGUUGAAGUCUCCACUAGUAAGGUUCCUGAACCUAUCACUGAAGCUCAGACUCAACUCGUCACUGAGACAAUUGUUGCUGAAACUGUUACUAAAGCUCCUGAAGAACUUGUCACCGACUCUGUUGUUGUAACGGUAACAGAAGCUCCUGCUCAAAGCGUGACCGAGGCACCUGCUGAGACUGUGACCAAGGAACCAGUCCAGAACGUUACUGAAGGAACCGUCACAGAAGCUGAAGAAAAUCACAAAGAAGAAACUAGUCAGGUUCCUGAUGGUCUCAUGAAAUGAAC